GCAUGCGCGUAUCUGCUGCAGCCAUUUUGAUUUCGGCUUCAGCUGCCGUCCGUCGCGGCGAAGUGAAGUGAGGGUAUUUGUGAUGCCUGUGCGGUGCGAGUUUUGCUGAGGGCUCGGGCUAUCUUUUCAACUGGAGGCCGCCUUCGAAAAUGAGCGGGAACGACGGCAUGGAAGGCCUAAUUCCUAUCGUAAACAGGCUGCAAGACGCUUACACUCAGCUAGGAGCGAGCCUCACGCUAGACUUGCCUCAGAUCGCCGUUGUCGGCGGACAGAGCGCAGGAAAAAGCAGUGUGCUGGAGAAUUUCGUUGGCAGGGACUUCCUACCAAGAGGGUCUGGAAUUGUCACUCGUCGACCACUGGUGCUACAGCUGAUUAACUGCAAUACAGAGUAUGGAGAGUUCCUGCACUGCCGUGGCAAGAAAUUCACAGAUUUUGAUGCAAUUCGCAAAGAAAUCGAGGAUGAAACAGAUCGGGUGACUGGCAGCAACAAGGGCAUUUCAAGCGUGCCCAUCAAUCUCAGGGUCUACUCACCGCAUGUGCUGAACCUGACCCUGGUUGACCUUCCGGGGUUGACUAAGGUCCCCGUCGGUGAUCAGCCUGCGGACAUUGAGCAACAGAUCCGGGAUAUGAUUCUUCAGUUCAUUCGCAAGGAGAACUGCCUUAUAUUGGCAGUGACAUCGGCCAAUCAAGAUCUGGCUACUUCAGAUGCCCUGAAGCUUGCCAAGGAAGUUGACCCAGAAGGUCUGCGCACCAUAGGUGUGAUUACCAAGCUGGACCUUAUGGAUGAAGGAACUGAUGCCAGAGACAUCCUAGAAAACAAAUUGCUGCCAUUGAGGAGAGGAUAUGUGGGUGUGGUGAAUAGGAGCCAGAAGGACAUAGAAGGCAAGAAAGACAUCAAGGCAGCCAUGGAAGCAGAACGGAAGUUCUUCCUUAGUCAUCCUGCAUACAGGCACAUGGCUGAUCGUAUGGGUACACCAUACCUACAACGGGUACUGAACCAGCAGCUGACCAACCACAUUCGAGACACUCUUCCAGGCCUUCGGGACAAGCUGCAGAAGCAGCUACUUUCCAUGGAGAAGGAGGUGGAAGAGUACAAGAACUUUCGUCCAGAUGACCCAUCCCGCAAGACCAAGGCUAUGCUACAAAUGAUUCAGCAGCUCCAGACAGACUUUGAACGGAACAUCGAAGGUUCUGGCUCUGCUGCCAUCAACACAUCAGAGCUCUCAGGGGGUGCUCGCAUCAACAGAUUGUUUCACGAAAGAUUUCCUUUUGAAAUUGUCAAGAUGGAAUUUGAUGAGAAAGAGCUACGCAAGGAGAUCGCCUUUGCGAUUCGCAAUACACAUGGCAUUCGGGUUGGACUGUUUACUCCAGAUAUGGCCUUUGAGGCUAUAGUGAAGAAGCAGAUUGCCAAGUUGAAGGAGCCUUCCAUCAAGUGUGUAGACCUUGUCGUGGCUGAACUGGGAAAUGUGAUUCGGCGAUGUGCUGAAAAGAUGAGUCGUUAUCCACGACUUCGGGAGGAAACCGAGCGAAUUAUCACCUCACAUGUGCGUGAGCGAGAGCAGACCUCUAAGCACCAAAUAUCUCUGCUAGUUGAGGUGGAACUUGCAUACAUGAAUACAAACCAUGAAGAUUUUAUUGGAUUCACUAAGGACGAUUAUCACUCUGGUGCACAGCAAACAGCAGAUGUGUCGUCGGCUGGUAAAAGGAAACUAGGCAACCAGUCGGUUUUCGCCGUGAUUCGCAAGGGGUGGAUGUGCAUCCACAACUUGGGCAUCAUGAAGGGUGGCUCUAGGGACUACUGGUUCGUGCUCACAUCGGAGUCCAUCUCGUGGUACAAGGAUGAAGAGGAGAAGGACAAGAAAUACAUGCUCCCUCUGGAUGGCCUGAAAAUUAAGGAUAUUGAAGCUGGUUUUAUGUCUCGAAGAAACACAUUUGCACUUUUCAACCCUGACCAAAGGAACGUGUACAAGGACUACAAGCAGCUGGAGUUAUCGUGCGAGAGUCAAGAGGAGGUGGACUCGUGGAAGGCAUCAUUCCUGCGAGCUGGUGUGUAUCCAGAGCGGGCACAGAGUGCUGCAGGCGAUGGCGAAGGGGGCACAGAUGGCGUGGGUUCGGAAGGCAGUGGAUCGUCCAUGGAUCCUCAGCUUGAACGCCAGGUGGAGACCAUCCGUAACCUGGUAGACUCCUACAUGCGCAUUAUCACCAAGACCUUCCGUGACCUGGUGCCCAAGAUCAUCAUGCACCUCACCAUCAACAAUACUAAAGAAUUCAUCUAUUCAGAACUACUAGCUGCACUUUAUGCUUCAGGAGAUCAGACGCAACUCAUGGAAGAGAGUCCUGAAGAGGCACAGAAGCGAGAUGAGAUGCUACGCAUGUACCACGCCUGCAAAGAAGCUCUGCGUAUUAUCGGCGAUGUGUCCAUGCAGACAUCUUAUCAGCCAACACCGCCGCCUGUCAAGGAUGACUGGCUCAAAAUGCAACCCCCUGAUUCUCCACGGCCGGCCCCUCCCUCCCCGGGGGGUCCCCGGAGGAAUGUGGGAUCUUCCCGGGCACCCCCCCCAGUCCCAGCGGCGGCCAGCCGGCCAGCCCCAGUGAUCCCAUCGCGGCCCGAUGCAGCGGGCAGGCCGCCCCCGGCAGCCCCACCCAGGCCUAUCAGUGCCGGUUUCCAGGCACCCCUUGUGCCUUCGCGUGGCUCAUUGCCGAGCGUGCCGCCACGCGUCGCUCAGGGGGCCGUGGACACAAUGCUGGACGCAUUCGGCAUGCCCAUGAGCAAGUGAAGAGCCCCAGCGGGCAGGGUGCAGCGGGAGCCGUUCGCUUCUGUGGCUCCAACUGCUUUGUCCUGGGCUGCCCGCUCUGCAGCACUUCUUCCCGCACCUUGGGCCAUGGCAACCUGUCUACAGUGGGGCGCUGCCCCGGCUGCUGCACCUGCUGCUCCCUGUGCUCGAGGGUGGCCAGCAGCCACCAUGCCCACCACCCUUCCUCUUCCUCGUCCUCUUGACAACACCCUCUUCUCUCUCAUGCACGGCAUUUCUUGUUGACCUCUCAGGCCUAGUUCCACAGCACCCCGUGUUUUCACCUCGUUUCCUUCUCAUCGUCUAGAAUGCCAUUUUGUAGCAGGAGCGGAACAGGGUGGGGCCGCAUGGAUGAUGUGGUAGAGAAAGUUGAGGAUCUCAAAAUUGCAAGAAGUGCAGAAAUCAACUGGGAUCUUCAGUUUCUAGGGGGACAAGAAAGCUGCACUGGCUUUCUGUGGCUUGUUGUGCAUCAUGUGUGAUCCUAAUUGGAUUUCUCUUGCUAUCCCUGGCACCUUUUGCUUAAGCCCUCUGCAUUUUAUGGGCAAACUUCGUCAAAAUCUGUCAGAACACAGAGUGUCUUCAUGAGCUAGUUACUCUGGCUCCUGCUCCCCUUCAUGUGUUGAAGCUCAUUUGUGAAAAUGUGGAGUGCUGUGCUGGAGGCCUCUCUUUGGCUUGACACUUCAUGAAAAACGGGUGCAAAAAAAAAGAAAAAAAAGGAGAUCUAGUUAUAUCUGUGCUUGAAGGAAACGUUUCUUAAUAGAUCUGCUUCACUCUCCAGAUUCAAGAGCUACAGUCCAGCCAAACUACCCUGGUCAUUCAAACUCAUUUGCUGACAUUGCGCCCCAUGAAGUUGUAGCAUGCGCUUGGUUUCCUUUUGGACACUUGGUUACAUUGUCUCCUCUGAUGCCGUAGUCAAAUCCUGUUUUAUUCUAUUUUAUAUAUUCCUCUCAGUAACACACACAACUUUUUGAAACAUCUUGUUCACUGUUAUUCUUCAUGCUUCAUGUUUCAUGGGUGCAUUGAGUUGUUUUUGGCUCGCAAUUUUACAUACAGAAUUUUUCAGUUUGUGAGUGCCUAAACCUGCGACAAACUACUUCCUAUCGGAAAUAUAUCAUACAAAUGCCGUGAGAUGUUGUAAACAGUAAACCAAGGUGUGAUAACUGCAUGGAACUGUGAUUACAAAAUUUACCUUACUCUAUGAUGCAUGGAAGCAUUAGUCACAAAAAUUUUAUAGGUGUGAUAUAACAUGUGCCAGUGCACUCUGUGCAGUGCUCGUGUUCGACUUUUUGUGUGAUGUGACUGUUUUUGGGAACGAGGUAUUUUCUUAACCAAGAUAGUUAUAAAGUAAAUUACCAUAUCACAAUAAUCCGGAAUGAGAACUGUAUGCAGUAGAACAAGAAUGGGUGUUCUAAACUCACUCAAACAAAAGUGGUGGUAUGUUGAACAUUGGUUAGCGAAAUUCCAGCUUGACAUAGGCUCGCUUGUGAAUGUCCAACAUGCCACAACUUUUGUUCAAGUUGGUUUAGAACAUCCAUUCUUGUUCUACUGCAUAUAGUUCUCAUUCCAGAUUAUUGUGAUAUGGUAAUUUACUUUGUAAUUCUCUUAGUUUAGAAAAUAUCUUGCACCCCAAAAGGCAUAUGAAAUGCAUUCAAUUCUGAAAACUACAUACUGUACUAAUAGAAAAUUAAUGACAUAUUUAAAAUUGGCACACAAAUGUACAUAAACUCGGCAAGUUUAAUCAAAAUUCAUUAAGAAAUUUUAAAAAAAUAAAUAAAACAGCAGUGUACCCCUAUAAGUUCAUAGCCCUCCUCACAUGCAUCGGGGUGGGUAACAGCGUGGGGAAAUGCAUCAACUAUUUUUUGGAUUUGGUGAAAGUCUUGUUUUUAAAUGUUUUGCAAACAUUGUGUACAAGAAUGACAACUUAAUCAGGUGUUCAAGAAGACCUGAGGGAACAAGAUAAUAAUGCAUGAAGCAUGGGAGAAGCAAGUCCCUUUUUCCUAUCUGUCCUUACCCCCAUCCUUCUUCACUACUGUGCAUGUAAUGUGGUAGUCACCCCAAGGCAGAGCGGGUACAGCUUUCCUGUGGUAGCGCUUGUGUUGCUAGUUGCGAUUGCAACUAUAGGUGUGAGGCUGCAGAACUCGACGUCCGUGUAAUGCAGUGGGAUAUUUUUGGAAGCCAAGAUCUGUUUUGAAGUUGUCUGAGCAUGUUGGGUCUGCCUUAAAGCACUAGAACAAGUUUUUCAGUUGGAAAAAAUCUGUUUCUGCAUCUGAAAGCAAUAUUAAUCUUGCAAAACCUAAUGAAUAUACUGUAUCAGUGAGUAAUUAGUGUAGGUGCUUGAUCUAGGCAGGCAGCAGCAGAAAGAUUAAAUGGCCAAGCUUUGUGCAGAAGCUUCCCACUUUGUCUUGCUUUGACGAUGCCAUGUUGUUACAUGAGCUUUAGCAGACCUUGCUGGUUUUGCUGACAUAUGGAAAAAGGGGGCUCUUAUUAUUUUCAUAUUUACAAUUUUUUUAGUUCAUAAUGCUUGUUUUAAGCUUAUUGUGAAUUAUAAUCUAUUUCUGCAGUUUUAAUUUAAUUGAUAUUAUCUAGCAGCAAUCUCAUUUGAACACGAGGACAACCAGAAAAUUGCUGGCACGCAGGGAAGGUGCACAAGUUCUUGCCAUUGAAAUUGGAGCAGAGUAACUACAAUUUAGAUUUGAUGGUAAUAACGCACACAAGAGCACAAACAAUUUUCUCGGCACAUAAUAGUAUCGGCUUGUAAUAAGGAAGCUACGUAAGCUGCUUCUGCAUGUCUUUUCAGUCAAUUGUUGCUUUGGUAAGGCUGGCAGCAAAUUUUAGGUCCAUGGUAAUUUGAAAUGGACCUAUUUAAAAGUGAAGCACAGCACUGUAAUGUUGCUUUGCUGGUAAUUCAUUGGUGCCUGCCAGUUCAUUUGAGAUUGCCUGUAUAUUUAUAGUAUUACAGCUGGCAGGCGAUAGCAGCUGUUUUCCAAGUAGUUGUAGCCUGCUACUCGCUAGCAUUUCCCUGAGGACAUAAUUUUACCUUCUAUUGUGACAUUUAAGUUGCACAAAUUUAGGUAAUUAUUACCCUAGUUUAAACCAGUGAUCCUCAAUCAUUUUUUAAAAGCUCUCUAGCUUAUUGAUUCAGGAUUACAUUAUCAAAGACUUGAAACAGAAGUCACUGUGUAACUUAUGCGUGGUGUGCUAGGUGGCAGUCCUGUGGUUUUUCCUGAUGCAUGUCUCCUGCGAUUGACUGCAUGUUCUGCAUAGCUGUUGUUGUUUCUCAUUUAAUUUCAAGUGUUGAAUGGGGCAAAGCUGCACCCAUAGGCUUGAAAGAUUUGCAGAAGUGGCAGCAGUUUAAUGUUGUCUCAUUAAUUAUGCUUUUAUUUGGAAGUUUACUCUGUCCAUGCAUUGUUGUUGGAUAUAUUGAAGCAGUUCUUGUAGUUACACUGCACUGUUUCUAAUCAUACUUGCGAAUACCCUCUGUGCUUGCUCUAUGAAGAAAACUAGCUGUCUUCCAAGUACAGCCACCCUAUCUGCAGUCUUGUUGUUAGGCUCUUUGAAACAUUGAUAAGUGGGUUAUAUACUGGUUGUGAAAAAGAUCAUUU